GAAAAAUUGAUAUAAGUGUAUUGACUAUCUAUAAAAUUAGAUAAGUAAUCGAGGGCUUUGAUAAGGCAUCAGUUGUUGAAUUGAUAUCAUGUGAUAAACUGGUGAAUAUGUUUUGAAUGUUUACUAAUUUAAAUCACUACAUAUUAUUUUGAAGAUCAAAAUGGCUGAUCGGUUGCAAUUAUCAGAUUAUGUUUGGUUGAAACCAGAGCGGAAGUCCGAGUUUGACAUUCCUAUAGCAGUGAGAAUACUUAACAGUUCGGGUGGUAAAUUAGAAGUGAUAGAUGAUGAUGGAACAAAGAUCAUUACAACUGUUGAGAAUAUUCUCAAACCCCUUCAUGCAACAUCUAAAGAGAGUGUGGAAGAUAUGAUUACAUUAGGAGAGCUUCAAGAGUAUACUAUUCUGCGCAAUCUUCACAUACGUUAUAAUAAACAACUGAUAUACACAUACACAGGAUCAAUGUUAAUUGCAAUAAAUCCUUAUGAGAUCCUACCAAUAUAUACAAUGGAUCAAAUACAUUACUACCAAGAGAGAAGUGUUACCGAUAUGCCUCCUCAUAUAUUUGCUAUCGGAAGUGAAUCCUAUAGAGAGUUAUUGGAUACCAAUGUGAAUCAAUGCAUAGUAAUCAGUGGUGAAAGCGGAGCAGGGAAGACAGAAAGUACGAAAUUACUUCUACAGUAUCUGGCGGCAGCAAGCGGCAAACACUCGUGGAUUGAGCAACAAAUUCAAGAGACAAACCCAAUCUUAGAAGCAUUUGGAAACGCCAAAACGGUUAAGAAUGACAAUUCUUCAAGGUUUGGAAAGUAUAUCAAUAUUUACUUUAGCAACACGGGAGUGAUUGAGGGAGGUAAUAUAGAACAGUAUUUACUAGAGAAAUCUCGGAUUGUCCGGCAAAAUAGAGGUGAACGCAACUAUCACAUCUUUUAUUCGCUUGUUACUGGCUUGUCUGCUGACGAAAAAAAGAAACUUGAACUUGGCAGACCUCAAGAAUACGAAUAUCUUAAUUCUGGAAUGAUGCUUACUUGUGACGGCAGGAAUGAUGCUCUGGAAUUCUCUGAUAUAAGAUCUGCUUUUAAAGUAUUAAAUUUUACCGACGAUGACGUAUGGGGAAUUUUCAGCUUGUUAGCUGCUAUUUUACACAUAGGUAAUUUAAAGUUUAAGUCGUCUAGUUCUAAUAAUAUAGACUCAUCUGAAGUGGUUGAUUCUUCCAACGCAAACAGAAUUGCCAAUCUUUUUGGAGUAAACAAAGCAAAAUUAUGUGAGGCUCUUACACGAAAAAGUUUAAUUGCUCAUGGAGAAAAAAUUAUUUCGCCAAUAUCUGCUGCAGCUGCAAUUGAAGGUAGAGAUGCUCUAGUAAAAGCAAUUUAUGGAUGUAUAUUUGUAUAUAUAGUUGAAAAUAUCAAUAAAACUCUACACAGAGAUGAAUCAUUGUCUAGUGGUUCGAUUGGUAUACUAGAUAUAUUCGGAUUUGAAAACUUUGAAGUAAACAGCUUUGAACAACUUUGCAUUAACUAUGCGAAUGAAAAUUUGCAACAGUUUUUCGUGAAACAUAUAUUCAAAAUUGAGCAAGAACAGUAUGAAAAGGAGGGUAUAACAUGGGCUAAUAUUAAUUACGUGGAUAAUCAGGAGAAUUUGGAUGUCAUUGGGAUCAAGCCGCUUAACUUAUUGUCCCUAAUUGAUGAAGAAUCUAGAUUCCCUAAAGGAACAGAUGUUACACUUUUAGAUAAGUUAAAUACAAAUCACAAUACCAAAAAAUGUUAUGUUACACCAAAAUCAUCACGAGACCAUCGUUUUGGAGUUCGUCAUUUCGCUGGAGAUGUUUACUAUGAUGUAAAGGGUUUUCUUGAUAAGAAUAGGGACAUGAUAACUACUGAUGUAAAGGAAAUGAUUAUGGACUCAAAUAAUUCGUUCUUGUUAAAAAUAUUUCCUUUGGAUAAUCACGUUACACCUCAAGGUGGAAGCCGAAAAACUAUAUCUCUCAGCCACCAGUUUAAGACAUCCCUUGAAGCGCUGAUGAAAACAUUAUAUAGUUGCCACCCUUUUUUUGUACGGUGCAUUAAACCAAACGAAAUAAAAAAACCGCGGGUGUUGGACCGUCCACUCUGCGUUCGUCAACUGCGUUACGCUGGUCUGAUGGAGACUGCUAAAAUUAGACAAGCUGGAUAUCCCAUAAGAUACUCAUACGUUGAUUUCGUCCACCGUUAUCGCCUCGUUGUUUCCGGAAUACCGCCAGCAGAGAAAAUUGAUUGCCGAAUGGGUGCUAAGAAGAUUUGCGAUGAAGUGCUAAAAGAUGGAAACUUUAGACUUGGUCAUACUAAAGUUUUUCUCAAAGAUUAUCAUGAUGCAUUACUAGAAGAUUUGCGACAUAAAGUGCUCAUAACGGCAGUGAUAAACGUACAAAAGAAUGCAAGAAGGUUUAUCUAUAGAAAAAGAUAUUUACGACUCCGCGAAGCCGCUCUUGUAAUACAAAAACAUUUCCGUGCUCGUGGAUAUAGAAGCAGAUUCUUGGCAAUGAGAAGAGGCUACCUUCGUUUACAAGCUGCUGUCAAAUCUCGAGAAUUGAGGAGAACUUUCAUACAGUUACGACUAUUCUUCAUUAAAUUACAAGCACGUUCCAAGGGGUAUAUUAUUAGAAAAAUAUUAAAAGAUAAACGUAAACUUAUUAAUGCAUCAAUUGAAAAGCUCAAACACGAAAAACAACUAAGUAAAGAAGACAAAAAUGUGGCUGAAGAUGAUUUUGAACGAAAAUAUAACGACCUUAUGAAAGCUAUAUGGAUAGGUAAAGAUUUCCCUGUAGAAAAUAACGCACAAAAUACGUCUGUUAUUGACGACAAAUAUGUUGAUGACGUUUUCGGUUUUUUAAAAGAUACUGCGACACCGUCGGGUACAGUUAGAGGAACGGGAUUUGGUGUUACAACUGCUGCGAAGCCAAUAACAGAAGUGAUAAACAUACCUUUACAACAAGAAAUAGAGGAUAUAUCUAUUGAUGAGUUUAACUUCAAGAAAUUCGCCGCUACUUAUUUCUUAGGAAACGUGAGCCAUCAAUAUUCUCGGAAACCGCUGAAGCAUUCAUUAUUAGAGUUGCCGUCACCAGUAGACAGAGCAGCAUCCCAGGCGCUGUGGAUUACUAUAAUGAGGUUUAUGGGUGACGCAGCGGAACCAAAAUAUGUUGAUGAUAAGAAAGACAACACACCGAUCAUGGCAAAAUUGACAGAUACGGUGGGUAAAACUUUCCAGAAAAGCAAGGAAUUUGAGGAAUUUUUACUUAGAGACACGUACGAUGGUAAAAGUAAAUUAGUACAAAAAACUUUAAAAAAGCAAUCAAAGUUACAUGAAGAUUUUGUUAAAAGUUUGGUAAGUGACGAACAGACUACAGAAAUGUAUAGCACUUGGCUUAAUGCUCGGCGAAGUACUAAUUUGGAGAAGCUACAUUUUAUUAUAGGCCAUGGAAUUAUAAGGAAAGAAUUAAGAGACGAAAUAUUCUGUCAACUUUGUAAACAACUGACAAACAAUCCUUCAAAGGCAUCUUUCGCUCGUGGUUGGAUAUUAUUAUCACUAUGUGUUGGUUGCUUCCCACCAUCGGAGAGAUUCGUAAAGUAUCUUCGCUCUUUUAUUCGAGAGGGUCCGGCUGGUUACGCACCCUAUUGUGAGGGACGACUCGUCAGAACAUUUAAAAAUGGCCCACGUACCCAACCACCUAGCUGGUUGGAACUGCAAGCAACUAAAACAAAGAAACCAAUAAUUUUAACGAUUACACUUAUGAAUGAAGCCAUCAAGACUGUUGAAUCUGAUUCAGCAACAACAUCGGAGGAAAUAUGUCAACAAAUAGCUGAUAAUGUGGGACUUACCGAUACAUUUGGGUUCUCACUUUACAUAACGCUCUUUGAUAAAGUAUCAUCGCUCGGUAGUGAAGGUGAACAUAUUUUAGAUGCCAUUUCUCAAUGUGAACAAUAUGCAAAGGAACAGGGCAUGCCAGAAAAAAAUGCUCCGUGGAGGCUGUUUUAUCGGAAAGAAGUAUUCGCCCCAUGGCAUAACCCUGCCGAAGAUCCAGUUGCAACAAGUUUAAUUUAUCAUCAAGUCGUAAGAGGUGUAAAGUUUGGAGAGUACAGAUGUAAUUCGGAAAUAGAUUUGGCUACAAUUGCCGCUCAACAGCAUUACAUUGAAUAUGGAGCACAAAUUGAACCAAACUUGUUAAGAAAAGUUAUUGUUAAUUAUAUACCUAACCAGUUUAUACAAAGUAAUGACGCUGCUUUAACGAAGUGGGAACAUCUUGUAACUAAAUCAUUCGAAACUUCAAAGAGUAUACAGUCGAAAGUAGAUCCUCUACGAUGUAAAGAAGACAUUGUUAUAUUUGCUAAAAUAAAAUGGCCUAUGCUUUUUUCAAGAUUUUUUGAAGCUAUUAAGUUAAAAGGCGAAGGCAUUAAUAAAGACAUAAUAAUUGUCGCAAUAAAUUGGACUGGAAUUUAUAUUGUAGACCAAUCUGAACAUAUUCUUUUAGAAAUGUCAUAUCCUGAAGUAACAUUUGUUGCGUACAGUGAUGAUAAGGAUUAUAAUAACGUAGGAAGGGUUACAAUAAAAACAAUCCAACAGGAAGAGUUUGUAUUUCAGAGUGUUGAAGCAAGUGAAAUGAGUUCGUUGAUAAUAUAUCUCAUUGAUGGUCUUAAAAGACGUUCGACUUACGUCAUCGCUCAAUGUGAUUCUGAGGGGUACAGUGAUGCUGCAACAUUUAUACAAUACAAAAAAGGGGAUCUGAUUACACUUUUGCAGGAAUUCAAUGGCGAAACUCUUAUGAAUGCUACCUGGGGUCACGGUUUAUGUAAUGGUAAAGAAGGAUUGUUUCCCACUGAACAAGUGUAUAUACUGCCGACUCUUUCUAUGCCUUCCAGUUCCAUUAUAGAGGUAUUUAAAAAAGGUUCCAUAAAUAACGACAGAAAGGUAAAAUCUCAGUAUAACACGCUCCAACGAAAAAGAAUGCAUACUUUAGAAAAAUAUGCUAAGGACAAUUUCAGAGAGAACUACGAUAUACAUGCAAGUAUAUCAAAACAGUCUACUUUAACAAUGGCUAAAAAAUCUGUUCUAAGCGAUUUGUGGACACACACGAGGGAGCCGAUACGACUCCCGUUAUUAAGAAAAAUAUUAGAUGACGAAAAGUCUAGUAAAAUUGCUGUAGCAUCUUUCUUCGCUAUAUUAAAAUACAUGGGUGAUAUGCCAGCUCCCAAAUCAAGAUCUGCAACCGAAUAUACAGAUGAAAUAUUUAAGCCUGCUUUGAAGGAUGCUAAUUUAAGAGAAGAAGUGUACUGUCAAAUUAUGAAACAGUUGACUAACAAUAGAAUACAGCUCAGUGAAGAAAGAGGUUGGGAGUUAAUGUGGCUUGCAACAGGAGUGUUUGCAUGCAGUCAGACGUUAAUGAAGGAAUUAGUUGAUUUUCUGAAAACUAGACCUCAUCCUAUCGCAAAAGAAUGUUUAAAACGUGUAUUUAAAAUUCAAAGAGGUGGAGCCCGAAUGUAUGCACCGUAUGUUGUAGAAGUAGAAGCAAUACAGCACAGAAGUAUGCAAAUAUACCACAAAGUCUAUUUUCCGGAUGACACCGACGAAGCUUUUGAAGUAGAUUCUUCCACUAAAGCGAGAGAUCUAUGUGAACAGAUUACUGGAAGAUUAAACCUUAGAAAUAGUGAUGGGUUUAGUUUAUUCGUUAAGAUAGCAGACAAAGUUUUUUCAGUACCAGAGAACUUUUACUUUUUCGAUUUCAUACACGAGCUUGUUGAUUGGAUGAAGCACACUCGUCCGGGGCGAGGAGCCGACCAUCUGCAAAUGAACUACCAAAUAUUUUUCAUGAAGAAAUUAUGGAUCAAUACCGUUCCUGGAAAAGAUAAGAAUGCCGACGAAAUUUUUUAUUUUCCGCAAGAAUUGCCAAAAUAUUUACGAGGCUACCACAAAACCUCAAAACAGGAUUUGAUCGAAUUAGCAGCUCUCCUUUAUAGGGCACGUUAUGGAGAUGAUCAAACGCUUUUGCCUCAGAUUACUCAAAUGCUGAGUGAAUUUAUACCUUCUGACAUGCUUAAGAUUCAAACUAAUUCGCAAUGGAAAUCUUCUAUAAGUUCGGCAUAUUUUAAGCAUGGCCAAAUGACUAUGAGUGAAGCUAAAACACAAUUCCUGAGGAAGAUUUAUCAGUUACCAACAUUCGGUACAGCAUUUUUUGAAGUGAAACAAACAUCAGAACCUUCGUACCCUGAAAUGGUAAUAAUUGGUAUUAAUAAACAAGGAGUUACCGUUAUUCACCCUCAGACGCGGGAUUUACUUAUAACUUACCCAUUCUCUCAGCUUUCAAAUUGGUCUUCGGGAAAUACAUUCUUCCAUAUGACGAUGGGCAGUUUCAUGCGUGGUACUAAAAUAUUGUGCGAGACCAGUUUGGGAUACAAAAUGGAUGAUCUUAUAUCUUCGUAUAUUGCUCACUUGAGGCAAACAAUCAAACAGAGAACUCGAAAGCCUUAGGUUGUAGUCGCUGUUUGUCCGGGAUUAAUAUUUAUUAUUAAUAAAUAAAAUAUAUUGCAUA